UCACAAUAACAAAAACCCUUUUCGUGGCUCGAACCCAGCACCCUAACCUAAGCCUGAACCGAGUCAGGUUCAUGGCUCGAACCCAGUUGGGUCAAUGGCUCGAACCAUGUGUUAAAAUGAGACCCUUUUGUUUGCUAGUGCUGGUUUUUGUGUUACAAGGAGUAAAGUGUUCUCAAAAGCAGCAAAAGCUCUAUGAUUUCAAAACGAAGCUUCACCAACAUUCAUCCCAUUUUCGUCUUCUUUCAUCUUCUUCCGAUGUUGUAAAGAGCUCCGGUAGGGUGUUUUACCCAAUUGGGUAUGGCGGAGACCCGAGUGGCGUGGAGGAUAGUACGGAGGCGAUUAUGGGUGCGGUGGCAGAUGCUGCCCUAAUUGAAAACGGGCAGCAAUUGCUGCCCGGAGUGAAGGAUUUGGGUGGCGCCAUUGUUGAUCUUCAAGGUGGCAGCUUUAAGAUCUCUAAACCGGUUGUUCUUCCUCCUAACUCCGGCAAUCUUGUGAUACAAGGAGGUACAUUACGAGCAUUCAACACGUUCCCAUCUGACGGGUACCUCAUCGAAUUACGGUCACCAAAUUCCCUUAACCCCGCCAAAACCACCGCCAACAACUCCGGUUCCGGCGACACCUUCUCUGACGCCAAAACCCGAAACGAACCAAUCUACUACGAAGACAUCACCUUUCGAGACAUCCUCUUCGAUUCAAGCAACAUCGGAGGAGGUCUUCUGGUAAUCGACGCAGCAAGAACUCGCAUCAACAACUGCUUCUUCCUCCAUUUCAUCACCCAAGGGAUACUAAUCGAGAGAGGCCAUGAAACCUUCAUAUCGAGCUCCUUCCUCGGAGAAAUCCCGACCAUUGGUGGCGAUGCACGUGAGAGGAGUUUUCUGGGAACAGCCAUUGAUCUUGCUAGUAACGAUAAUGCGAUUACAGAUGUUGUUAUUUUCUCCGCCGCCACCGGGAUUGUGGUUAGGGGUCAGGCGAAUAUGAUCACCGGAGUUCAUUGUUACAACAAGGCGACGUUUUUUGGGGGAAUUGGGAUUUUGAUUAAAACGGGAGAAAUUCGGGUGGAUAAUUGUUACAUGGAUUAUAACUCGAUUGUUGUGGAAGAUCCUUUGCAGGUUCAUAUCAGUAAUGGGUUUUUUCUUGGAGGGGGGAAUGUUGUUCUGAGAUCUGUUAAUGGUCGGAUAUCGGGGCUAAAUGUUGUUAACAAUAUGUUUUCCGGCGACUCCAGGAGUGUUGUGGAGAUAGAUGGAGUGUUCAUGAGUGUGGAUCAAGUUGUGGUUGAUCGGAAUAGUGUGAAGGGUGGGAUGAGGUUGAAGUCGACGGUGGGGAAGAUGGCGGUGGUUGGAAAUGGGAGUCGGUGGACGGCGGACUUCUCGCCGGUGCUGGUUUUUCCGAAUAGGAUUAGUCAUGUUCAGUACUCGAUUUUUAAUGCAGGGAUGGUGGAAGGGAUGGGAGGACAUGCAGUGAGAAAUGUAAGUGAGAAUAUUGUUGUGGUAGAAAGUGAAAAAGAAAUUAAUGCUACUGUGUGGUUUAUGGUUGACCAAAAUUCAUGA